GGGGCAGGCGCGGCGGGGGCGCGCGGCUCCCUGCGGCGGCGGUGGGUCCCGGUCCGUGCCCGUGCCCGUGCCCGUGCCCGUGCCCGUGCCCGUGCCCGUGCCCGUGCCCGUGCCCAUGUCCCGGCCCCCGGCGCCGCCCGGCUCCCCGCGCCGCUUCGGGGCGCUCAGCACCGCGCAGCUCCGCGCCCUGCUGCAGGACGAGCCCCGGCUGCAGCGCGCCGCCCGCCUCAGCAGGAAGUUUCAGAAUCUGCAGCUGGAGCGGGACAUGUGUUUGGCUUCAAACUGCACCCUGGCCAGGGUGAACCUGUCCUUGCGCCCGCGGUUGGAGGACGGGAAGGCUUCCCUAGCCAUCAAGUACCAGGAGCUGCGGGAGAUUCGAGAAGCAUGUUGGGACAAGCAGCAGCGGCUGGAUGCGUACCUGGAGAAGUGGAGUCCACAGAGCGCCCUGGGCCAUCUCCAAGCCAAGCUUGAUGCCUCCGAGGCAGAGUCGGAGACACAGAUAGAGCAGUUCCUGGACCAGGAUCUGCCCCUUGAGUCCUUUCUGGAAUCCUUCUGCCAGAGCCGCACACGCUCCCAUGUCUGCCGGACACAGCUGGAGAAACUGCAGGAGCUGCUGCAGAAGGGCCAGGUGGGCAGGGUCCUUGUGGGCCCCACGGGGCACCCAGGCACCCAAGCUAGCCGAGCAGAAGCCCACCUUCCCCCAUUGCGGAGUGUUGUAGCCCCCAAAGCUUUCAAUCUCUCCUACGGCUUUGUGCCCGCCUUUCUCAUCCCCUCAGAGGCCGUUGUGCCUUUUGCCAUGCCGGCUGCAACUCCCAGACACCACCUCCCAGCCCUGGGACACCAGCCAGCAUCUCCCUCCUCCAAAAUGCCCAGCCCGGGCUCGCCCCUGCACCUCAUUGGACACAUCCCCCUGCUCAGCCCUCAGCCCUUCCACAGGCAGCAGUGGCCGCGACACCAGAAGCAGGAGCCUCCGCACCGGUAGCAGGGCAGGGACAAGGGAUGUCCCCACUCCUGGCCCUGUGCCUCUGUGGGGGGCUGCGCAGGAAUGCCCUGGCCCGGGAGCAUGCGUGGGUGGGUGUGUGGUGCAGGCUCAGCUCCGAGGGGCAGUGGUGUCCACUGGGUCAGCACAGGGGUGCAUGCUCAGAGGGGAGCAGAGGUGCUUGGCCGGGGGUGGGAUGGGGUGGCCGCUGUGGCAGCGGGUCCUGCGCUUGGGGAGCUGCUGGGGAAAGAGGUCUCUGCAUCCACAGCAAGAGGGACAGUGACAGGAGUUGGGGGUGGGUGCUUUGCCGGGAUGUCCGUGGGUUCAGUUGGGUGUGAGAUAGCAGAGAAGAGGACCCAGGAGCAUUGGGUGCCACGCUGUUUUCAAAAUAAAGGCUUUUUUCCAUGCUCUGUGUUACCCCUUGGCUCUGGUUAUGAACAGGAUGGGACA